AUAUCAUAUUUAUUGUACUCACUAAACUAUUAUUUUCGCAAAAAUUAUAUCGUGUAUUGUAGGUGGAAUUUAUGUUAAAAUUUAAAUGUAUUUAAACGAAGAUUGUUAAAAUAUUUAGUUUUUUGUUGUUUAAUUAAAAAAUCUUUUUAAGUUAUGGAAAGCUCUAUUCCAAUUGAAAUUCAUGCUCAAAAGCUGAUUGAAUGGCUUUUGAGUAGAAAACAUUGUAAGAAAGAUUGGCAUAAAUAUGUACAACCUAUAAGAGAGAAAAUAAAUAUGGCUAUUCAAGAUAUGCCAGAACAUAAAGAAAUAGUUAAAUUACUGUCAGGAACAUAUAUAAAUUAUUUUCAUUGUAAACACAUUAUUGAAAUACUUAAGGAAACAGAAGCUGAUUCAAAAAAUUUAUUUGGAUCAUACGGUUCUAAAAGGAUGAAAGACUGGCAAGAAAUUGAGCGGCUUUAUUUAAAAGACAAUGUUUAUUUAGCUGAAGCAGCUGAUCUAAUGGUUCAAAAUAUCAAGUAUCACAUACCAGCUAUGAAAAAACAAAUAGCCAAAACACAAUCAGGGCAGGCUGACUGUGAUAAAAAAAUUGAAGACUAUUCUAAAAGUAUUCAGACAUGUAAAAAGGAUUUGGAAACAUUGCGUAAACAAUUUUCUAUUGUUGGUGAUAAUAUUAAACGGACACUUGUAGAUAAAUUAAAAGAUCUUUCUGAAAUUUAUAAAGAUGUUGUUGAUAAUGCAAAAAGAUUAAAGAAAGGAAAUAUUUAUUUUUCUAAAUUUGUAACUCAUAUUUCAGGAACAGAUACUAAUUUACCAAUGCUACAAUAUAUUAUAAGUAAUGGUAAUACGACAUACUAUGAAUAUUUGUAUGGCGAAGAGCCAAGCAAAAUAGAAGAACCAGUCAUUAAUAUGGAUGAUACUAACCAGGAUUCUACUGUUGAUGAUGAAGAAAUUGAUUGGGGUGAUUUAAACGACCCAUCUGAAGCUGUGGAUUAUGGUAUAACAUUAGAAGAAAGUGGAAUAAUAGUUGAAAGUCCCCAGAUAGAUGGUAAUGUGGCUAGAGGCAAUGAAGCAUUAACAAUUUUGGACAAUUAUAAAACAAGAAAUGAAUUCAUGAAUGAUAUAUUAGAGUUGGGAUCAUUUUUGAGCAUGAGAUUGUUAGAGCUAUCUCAUGAAUCUAAUUCUAUGCUCUCUGUUCAACUUGGAGGUGAAUUAAAUGAAUCAAAAACUGAAAUAGCAGCUAUGUUAGACAUAACUAAGUUCAUUAAACAAAGAAUUAAUGAUCCUAUUGUUCAACAUCUUUUACACUUAAAACACUCCCCAAAAUAUUUAAAUAAACUAGAAUCACUGUUCAGUCAAAAAAUAAAUAAUAUUGAAAAAAUGAUUAACUCACAAAUUGCUGUAACCAAUAAGAAACAAGAAUUAGCUAAUGAACAUUCAUGUCUAGUUCCAAAAUUGAAAUUAAUUCAACAAAAAAAUAAGGAACUUAUAAAAGAAAUUGAAAUGGAUAUAUCAAAAAAGUACAAAAAUCGUCCUGUUUAUAUUAUUGGAGCAUCAUUAUUUGGAUCAUGAUUUAAUAUUAGAAAGAAGAAAGGAAGAAACAUAUUUUUGUGUAUUAUGUUUAAUUACUUCCUUUUUUUAUUUGUUGAGGAAUAAAGAAUUAUAAAAAAUGUUAACUAUUAUUCUUAAUAAAAAUAUUACUUUUAUAUAAACAAAU